AAAAAAACAAAACGCUAACCAAAACAAAAAACUAGGACGUCAGAUUCAGGAUGUCUGUGAAAGGAGUAAAACCCCAGAGAAGGACAUUUGUUGUGGGAGUGGGGGUCACCAAAUUUGAGAAACCACUUUCCAAGGACUGGGAUUAUCCAGAUAUGGGAAGAGAAGCAGGACUUGCAGCCUUGUCAGAUGCUGAGCUUGACUAUCACCAGGUCCAGGCUGUGGUGGCCAGUUAUUGUUAUGGAGAGCCUACCUCAGGGCAGCGGGCUGUGUAUGAACUAGGUCUCACUGGUGUGCCCGUCUUCAAUGUUAACAACAACUGUUCCUCGGGGUCCAGUGCUCUCAUGCUGGCUCGCCGGCUUGUACAAAGUGGGAUUGAGGAUUGUGUACUAGCUUUAGGCUUUGAAAAAAUGGAGAGGGGUUUGUCAGAGAAAUACACAGAUCGAACAUCUCCCGUAAAACGUCACAUGGACCACAUGGUCAAUAUUGGUGCUGAUCCAGGAUUGAUACAACCAAGGAUGAACAACAUGACUUCAGAUGUGGUUAAACUUUAUGCGUAUGCUGCCCGGGAAUACAUAAAGAAAUACCCAGGUACCACAGUGGAUGAUUUUGUAGACAUUGCAUAUAAAAAUCACAAACAGAGUGUCAACAACCCAUGGGCCACCAUACAGAGAGAGCUGUCAAAGGAGGACAUCAAAUCCAAGCUGAUGCUGUGUUAUCCGAUCACAUUCUGGAUGUCGGCUCCCACAGCUGAUGGUGGGGCUGCAGUUGUAAUCUGUAGUGAGGACUUUGUUGUCAAAAACAAUUUACAAAGACAAGCGGUGGAAAUCCUUUCUCAGCACAUGGUGACCGAUACCAGUGCUUCAUUCAAGGAGAGUUUUAUGGACUUAUCUGGCUACCAUAUGGCUAAAGAAGCAGCCACAAGGUGCUACACAGAUACUGGAUUGUCGCCAUCGGAUGUGGAUGUUUUGGAGGUGCAUGACUGUUUCUCUUGUAAUGAACUUUUCAUGUAUGAAGCUCUGCAACUGGCUCCAGAGGGCAGAGGAGCAGAGCUGAUAAGAAAUAGCAAGUGGGUUACCAACAGCAAUGGGGGAAAGAUGUGUGUCUUGAAUAACAAAUGGGUUGUGAAUCCCUCUGGAGGACUAGAGUCCAAAGGUCAUCCAAUAGGAGCAACAGGUUUAGCCCAGUGUGGAGAACUUGUUAACCAGCUCCGAGGAUUGGCUGAUAAGAGACAAGUGGAUGGUGCCAAAAUAGGCAUGCAGCAUAACUUUGGAAUUGGUGGUGCUGCUGUGGUCACUAUGUAUAGGAAAUAUCAGCCUACUUCUGUUGCUGCUAAGCUGUGAAAGAAAAUAUCAGCCUACUUCUGAUGCCGCUAAGCUGUGAAAGAAAAUAUCAGCAUUAAAGGGAAAAUUCUUGCCUCUUAUGAAUAGAGACAUUACCGACGCAUUACUGUGAUUUCAAGUUUAGAUCAUUCCAUUGGUGAAUGUCAAUAAUUACAUGAAAAAAACGACUGUGAUUUUCAAUAUCAUUUUGGGAUGUAACCAGUAGUAUUGCAUAAUCAUUCAGCAUAAUAAAGCACAAUUAAAUUUGUUAAUCAUCACAUUUUUUCUUAUUGAAUUUAAAGUUUAUUUUUUAAAUUAAAAAUGUAAAUCACUGAGAUACUUAAUAUGUAUGUAACUUUUAACCUGACUUUAUUGAAUAUUGACACAAAUUUACUGAAAUUUUUCACAUUAGUUGAAAUGAAUCAAAUUUUUUAUUGAUUACAAAAUUAUGUGCAUUAUCAUUAUACAUCAUAUAUUAGACUACUCUGAGCAUGAAGUAAAAGUUAGAUGUUAAAAUGAUAUAGAAAUAAAAUGAAUGGUAGGAAAAUUGGGUAAUUGGCUGGGUUGCACACAUGCAAACAGCUUAUAGAAUGGUGGGUGGGCAGGUGUCCCUGUAAUAGGGUACCUACUUUGUGUAAUCAACUCCUCUCACACCUCUAACUUGACAUUCCUCAAACUUUGUACAGUUGUUAUGGAUACAUUCAAGAUGUGCAUGUGCCUUUUUGAAAGUAAUCAGACAUUUUUCGAAAAAAAAUUACAUAUAGUUGAACUUAGUAAUUUUUUAAGCAUUUCUUGUAUAGACAGUAACAAUUUUGUGUAAUCAGCUCCUCUCACACCUCUUACCUGACAUUUCUCAAGCUUUGUACAGCUGUUAUGGAAGCAUUAACGAUGUGCAAAUGUCUUUUUGGAAGUGAUCAGACCGUCUUUGAAAAUUUACAUAUACAUGAUGUAGUUGAACUUUGUCAUUUUUAAGCAUGGUACCUACUUUGUGUAACCAACCCCUCUCACAGCUUUUACUUGACAUUUUUCAGAUCUUGUACAAUAUAGUUGUUAUAAAACAUUGAAGAUAUACAUGUGACAUUUUAAAAAGUGCUUCUGUUUUUUUUUUUUUAAAUUCUACAUUUGAUAUAUCAUUUUUCCAGUAUGUUUUGUACUGCUGUCUCUAUGAUAGAUAACAUAUUUCAAAGCAACCCAGCCAUUUCUGUUCUUGAAUAAAAAAAUUUCAUUUGACCUUUAAUUCUAUUUAAUUUUGGUAGCAAUCAAAGGAAAAUAUCAUAACUGUAUUUCUUGGAAGUACAUAUACCUUUGUAUUAGGAUAUCAAAUCACAUUGUCAUUGUGGAUUUAGAUACGAAGGCGAAGCAUUGCAGGAAAGUCAUGUAACCCAAGAUCCUUGUUUAACAUCUGUAUGCACCUUGUAUUCCUCAGAUAUUAAACACACACACACACACAUAUAUAUAUAUAUAUAUAAUGAAAUAAAGAGAGAAAAAUUAAAGAUGAUAGAAAAAUAAAGGCAUCAAAAUACAGAAAUAUACAUGUAUAGGUGAGAAUAAAAGUAUCGCCUUGGAAACUAUAUAGCUGGAUGGAGUAGUGAUUCGUAAAAUUCUGUGAACAGUUCGGAAAGACAUUUUUAAACAAAAACCACUGGAGUGGCAGUUGUGUAUCUUUGCAGAGCUGGUUAUAAUUUAUUAAUGACAAGAGCAUUUUGUAAAGUGAUUCCCUCAGCCAGAGGAAGUCUAAUAGAGAAGUUAGACUCAAUAAUUAUGGAAGGCUCAAUGUCUUAAUCAUUGAGUUGCAGAUUGACUUCCACAUUGUGACAACCCACAAAAUACUGACGAAAGAUUUUGAUUUAGAAUAAAUAUAGUAUGUGUGCCCAUCAGUUCCAUGCAUCCUGACAUUAGAAGUAAGACAGUGUAGAGGGGUUGAGUGACACGACUGUAAAAUUGACAUAUUCAAUUUCAAAUGCACAUGAUUAUAAAAUCAAUCACUUUAAAAAGUUUGUGUAGAAUUGAAAUGUAAUUUCAUACUGCUUUAUUUGUUGAUAUUAUCUCAUUGUUUGUCAAUAAUUUCCAAACAAGUUUUGUACAUCAUUACUGAUAAACAAUGCAUUUGUAUUUUUAAAAGAAACCAUGAACAUUUAUUUACAAAUUUUGAGCAGUAUAUUUAUUUUGUGAGAAGCCUUGGCAGAUUAUGGCCAUUAUUGAUUUUUAAAAAGUAAUAUUGACUUAGAUUUAUCGCUGAUGUGAUUGUUUAAUGCAAUGCUAUACAUUUUAAUAACCAGGAAGAUGUUGGGUUAACUGAUAAAUGUUUUUAAAAUUGGGCUUGUUUUGAAGUGAAAAUUUUGUGAAUGAUUUGUUUUAUUAUGUUUUACCAUGAAACUCUAGUACAUGUACAGCAUUAGUAUAUGUACGAGUAUAAACCAUGAAACUUAUAGAUAUGUCAAUAAAUUAUUUAAUUGAGA